CCCUUCCCCGCCCCCGGCCUGGUGUAGAUCAUGCCGCCAGUGGCGGCCCUGACUGCCGAGGAAACGGUAGGCUAGGACAGUUGGCUGUUAAGUGACACUGAUUCUCCCCGCCCCGCUAGACCUUUGGAAAGAGGCACGUCCCCCGCCGCGUGACGGGGUGGGGAAAUAGGUAGUAAAUUCGGAUCCACCUGGGAGGGGGGAGUGGAAGUUCCCGCCCCGGAGAGUGGCAAGGCGACAGCCACAGUUGAUUAUGGAAGAUUCCCACAAGAGAAACACUUCAGAGACAGCACCUCAGCCUGGUUCAACAGUUCAGGGAGCUCAUAUUUCUCAUAUUGCUCAACAGAUGUCACUAAGAGGAUCUGCGCCAAUGACAGUUGUACCUCUUCCUGGAGAGCAAGUACAGGUUCAGGGGGUCAUCCAGACAGCUCAGUCUUCUGUAAUUCACCCACCACACGUGCAAACGGUAUCAUCUUUAUCAGAAAGUGAAGAAUCUCAGGAUUCAUCUGAUAGUAUAGGCUCCUCACAGAAAGCCCACGGGAUCCUAGCACGGCGCCCCUCUUAUAGAAAAAUUUUGAAAGAUCUAUCUUCUGAAGAUACACGGGGCAGAAAAGGAGACGGAGAAAAUCCUGGAGUUUCUGCUGUCACUUCUAUGUCUGUUCCAACUUCCAUCUAUCAGACUAGCACCGGACAGUACAUUGCCAUUGCCCCAAAUGGAGCCUUACAGCUGGCCAGUCCAGGCACAGAUGGAGUACAGGGACUUCAGACGCUAACGAUGACAAAUUCAGGCAGUACUCAGCAAGGUACAACAAUUCUCCAGUAUGCGCAGACCUCUGAUGGACAGCAAAUACUUGUGCCCAGCAACCAGGUGGUUGUACAAACUGCAUCAGGAGAUAUGCAGACAUACCAAAUCCGUACCACGCCUUCAGCUACUUCGUUGCCACAAACUGUGGUGAUGACAUCUCCCGUGACUCUUACAUCUCAGACAACUAAGACAGAUGAUCCCCAAUUGAAAAGAGAAAUAAGGUUGAUGAAAAACAGAGAAGCUGCUCGAGAAUGUCGCAGAAAGAAGAAAGAAUAUGUGAAGUGCCUGGAAAAUCGAGUUGCAGUCCUGGAAAAUCAAAAUAAAACUCUAAUAGAAGAGUUAAAAACUUUGAAGGAUCUUUAUUCCCAUAAAAGUGUUUGAUUUUUGAGAAAGAAAAUAUUUUGUGGACUUGCCUAAAAAUUAGAUGGAUUUUUUUUCUUUUUAGUGGCGUUUUAUAAAUUAAAAGGUCAAAAAUGAAGCUUUUAUUUAGGCUUUUGCAACUCAAAGAUAAAUGUCUUAUGCAAGAGAUCUGGUGACCAGAGGAUAAAGUGGAAAAUGACCUCAAGGAAGAUACUGGCACAACUGGAAGCUCUGUAAAAAUGAAACAUACUCAAGCAGCAGGAAAUGAACAUUCACCAAUUUGAAUUUUCUAAAUAAUGGUAGUUUGUCAAUAAUCCAAAAUGGCAGAUAAAAAAAAAAUGAAAUUUGGUAAAUUUAAAAAAAUAAAUCAAUUUAUCCUAUAGGUUUGUAUUUUGUACUGUUUCCUAAAAUUUACUUUUUCAAUUGUG